AUGGCAACUCCCACGCACGACGCAGCGAUGCUCGUCUCCAAGGCAGGGCGACUUUCUAUACAGAAAUUACCCACGCAAAGCCCCGGACCAAACGAGAUUCUCAUUGACGUCAAAUCCAUCGCUCUGAACCCAGUGGACUACUACAUGCGAGACUCGGGCUUCCUUUUGCAGGACUAUCCAGCCAUCCCAGGCUCCGACAUAGCCGGAACGAUCGCAGCAGUAGGCGCCGAUGUACCCCAGUCCUCGAGAGGCACGCUUCUCAGAUCGGGCACUCGUGUUGCCGCCUAUGCAGUGUCCAUCUACACACAAGGCAAGCCCUCAUACGGCGCGUUCCAGACCAAAGUCCUCGUUCCUGCCGAUAACGUCACCCCACUCCCAGACACCAUCAGCUUCAACCAAGGCGCUUCACUCCCCAUGGCCGUGGUGACCGCCUGGUCCGGGAUCACAACCCUCGACCUGUCCUACGAUACGAAAAUCAAUACCACCACGACGACCACCAAAAAAGGUCUCCUAGUCUGGGGCGCAGCAAGCAGCAUCGGGCUCGCGACCGUGCAAAUCGCAUCCAAGACGCUCGGCCUGACCGUCUAUGCGGUCGCCUCGCCGCGACACGCCGAAUACCUGCAAUCCCUCGGCGCCGCCGCAGUCUUCGACUACCACGGCGCACCCGCCAGCGUCGUCACACAAAUCAUAACCGCCGCACGCGCGGCCAACGUGAGCCUGGACCUCGCAUUCCACGCGACGGGCGACCUGCAGUCGGCGCAGGAAGUCAUCGCGGCCUUUACCAGCGAUGGGGCGGACAAAGGCAUCGUCGCGACCGCGGUGCCCAUGGACGCGUCCUCGCCGAUGACAGAGGGCGUCGACACGCGCUUCAUCCUCCCGCCGCCGGUAGAACAGGGGCUGCGCGACCGGCAUUUCGCGUUCGUGUUCGCGCGCUGGCUGUGCCCAGCCCUGGACAGCGGCGCGUUCAUCCCUGCGCCUGAGACGCACUCCGUGCCUGCUGGCCUGCGCGGGUUGGAUGUCGCCCUGGAUCGGCUGAGGGAGGGCGUCAGUGCGCUGAAGUUGGUCGUUGAGUUGUAA